GCCUGCGCAAUUGUAUGUUGUGAUUUUAACAUUAGCAACAUGUCUGCCUCCAUGGUGCGAGCGACCGUCCGAGCGGUCAGCAAAAGAAAGAUACUACCCACAAGAGCCGCACUAACCCUGACUCCAGCAGCUGUGAGCAAGGUCAGGUUGUUGCUGCAGGACAGACCAGAAUAUAUCGGUUUGAAGGUUGGAGUUAGAACACGUGGCUGUAACGGACUGACUUAUACACUGGACUACACCAAGGAGAAAGACAAAUCUGAUGAAGAAGUUGUACAGGAUGGUGUGAGGGUGUUUAUAGAGAAGAAGGCUCAGCUGACCCUUCUGGGAACUGAGAUGGACUUUGUGGAGUCAAAGCUGUCCAGUGAAUUUGUCUUCAACAAUCCCAACAUCAAGGGCACAUGUGGUUGUGGAGAAAGCUUCAACAUGUGAGCGUCACGGAGCCUCCGUCCUCCCGCUCCCUCCCUGCUCUAAAACCCCGUCUCACAUAGAAAGACUGAGAGACUGUUGAAGAGGAAGUCCGACAUGAAGUAGUACGAGAUGUGGACCUCCCUGAGUUCCCACCACUGCUGUUACUGCAGACCGCUCACAUAAACCUACACCUGAAAUCCAUGUAUGAAUCGUCAAGCUUAGAGGAAGUUUUCAACACCAUCUGUGUCGUCAAAACCAUCUCGACAAAAAUGAUUUUAGGUUCAGAUCCCACUGAUUACAACAACUUUUUUUUUUUACUCUCGGCUUUGCAUCUAGAUAACCUUAGGACCUCAGAAGCAAGGUGUUAUUUUUUGCUUUUGCUGCCAUUUCACACAUGCGCACAUUAUUUUGUGAAAUUAAGUCAAACUUCACUGUGACUUUUACAUGCAGGAGAAAAUGGUACAGCAUGGCCUGAGAACGUGGUCACUGCAGCUGGGAGUUAAUGAGGUUUAAGUUGAGGACAAAGCAUGAUACCAUUGGUAUCCUGUUUUCAGGUUUGAAUCCAUCCACCCAAACCCUUAGUUAAUAAGCCAUCAUCAGCUCUUUGAUAAUCACGCUGUAAGACGGUGUGCUGUCCUCGUGUCCUGUACCACUAGCACGCAAAAGUGGAAGAGUGUCUUGAAACUGUUUUAUCAGUUUGUAAAAUCUUUUGAAAAGUUAAAAAUUAUAUAUUUAUCUCUGUGUGUGUGUAAAUAUAAAGAAUGUAAAUCCGUUGAACAACAAAUACGCACAAACAAACCCAACACAACGCACAAAAACAUGUAUCCUUCACAUAAAAGAACACAAAGUUGCCGGUGGUUUCUUCUUGCUUGAUUGAAGCCAGAACUUUGUGUUUGUAUAAAUGGCGUGCUCUUAAGAUGUAACCUGUGCAAUACGUCUGUGUACAUAUGAAAUAAUAAAUCAUUAAACCAAGUCA